AUGUCGGUUGGUGAAUUGAGACACGCGGAAAGUGAAGUAAAGAAAGUUUUACAAAAUGAAUAUAAUAUUAUUGGUUUAUUGGAAACAUGUAAUCAUGGAUUUAUAUUGAUUUGUCCGCCUUUUGUAGGUUAUACUGCUACAUCUGAAACUGGUGUAUCAAGGUAA